ACUGGUCCCACUGAUGCUUUGACAGUCCGAUGCAGAUUUAUUUACUCCUUUGCUUUUCUUUGACUCAAAGCAACGAUCAAAGUCUUGAUAAAUAAUGAACCGCAUUUUUGGUCGCAGCAAGAACCAAGCCCCGCCCAACAUUUCAGAGUGUAUUGGAAAUACAGAUGCAAGGGCCGAGUCAAUCGAUAAGAAGAUAGCGAGAAUCGACGCGGAGUUAAUCAAGCAUAAGGAACAGAUGAAAAAGAUGAGGGACGGUCCGGCAAAGAAUGCAGUGAAACAAAAGGCAAUGAGAGUGCUCAAACAAAAAAGAAUGUAUGAAGGCCAGAGAGAUCAACUUGCUCAGCAGUCCUUUAACAUGGAACAGGCCAACUAUACCAUUCAGGCUUUAAAAGACACCAAAACAACAGUUGAGGCCAUGAAGGUUGGAGCAAAAGAAAUGAAAAAGGCUUAUAAACAAGUGAAAAUGGAUCAGAUUGAAGACCUACAGGACCAGCUGGAGGACAUGAUGGAGGAAGCCAGUGAAGUGCAGGAGGCCCUGAGCCGCAGCUACUGCACCCCCGACAUUGAUGAGGACGACCUGGAAGCAGAGCUGGAUGCCCUUGGGGAUGAGCUACUACUGGACGAGGACAGCUCCUAUCUUGACGAGGCCUCAUCUACACCCUCCAUACCAGAGGGCAUGCCCAGCGACAGCAAAGCCAAUAAGGAUGGCAUUCUGGUUGACGAGUUUGGAUUACCACAGAUCCCAGCCACAUAGGUGAAACCUCUAGGAUCUGUUUCUGGGUUGAAGAUCUUCUAGAUAUUCACCUCCAGUUUGCACAUUGUCUGGUACUGAAGUUCUGUUUGUGUUUUGAUUUUACACUAUUCCAG